AUGACGAAUCGCUCGUAUUACGAUGUAUUGGGUGUUAAGCCUACGGCACACUUUCUAGAUAUCAAGAAGGCCUUCUACAGGCUAUCGCUGUACAACCACCCUGACAAGACGCACCACUUGCACCCAGUCGAACGCAACGCCCGAACCGAGCGAUUCAAGAUCAUCAAUAACGCCUACGAAGUGCUGAACGAUCAGCAGAGGCGAAAGUGGUACGACAAGCAC